AUGUUGAAGACAAGAAUUCAAUUUAAUCUGGACGAAACAGAGAUAACUAGACAUGUCAAUGCUGUUCAGUCGGUUUGCAGUGCAUUUGCGGAGAGUCUUGAGCCAGAGAUCACUGAUACAGCUAUCCCAGCUUAUGGUGUAGUCUCCGGAAUUGAGUCGCAGCUACGGAAUGGUGGAAUAUUCAUAAACACUUCGCGUGCUACUUCCGAUCCAAAUCUUACUGAAACCGUUAAACUCAUUCUAAGCUCUCUCGUUGCAACCGCCCACGACGCUCAUGCCAAGCUCGGCAAGAACGUUGAUGAAACAAAAACAAAAGUCGAAUUAAUAGGCAAGUAUUUUGACAAGAAUGAUGACAAAGAAGCUAAAGCACUAUCAACCGAAGACUUCGGGAAAAAAAUUGACGACGCCUUGAAAGUUGUCAACGCAAAACCACAGUGCUGGAUAACAUCAUAA